AUGAGAAUUCAGCCCCUGGAACCGGACUGUCCACCCACGCAUCCUGACACUGCAGAUGUCUUGCUCUUCCUGCCAGUGGGUGUCAGUCAGGAGCUCUGCAGGCUCCUUGCUUUGCUGGCCACUCCAGGGAGGAGACGGGAGGAUAAAUCUCCCCACAUGCAUGAGGGAAAACAGAUUGAGGCUGAAUCCGGACAAGACGGAAAUCCGCCCGGCCCGUUGGCGUGGAGGAGGAGGAGGAGGAAGGUGCUGGCGGACGGCUCUGCUCCCACUGCCCGCUGCCCUGGCGCUGAGGAUCCUGCUGUUGCUCCUGGGCGCCGCUUCCCCGCCGCCGCCUGGGGCUCACGGCCGGCGCCUGAUCUGCUGGCAGGCGAUGCUGCAGUGCCAAGAGGAGCCCGAGUGCGGCUACGCUUACAGCCAGUACGCCGAGGAGGAGGAGGAGGAAGGUGCUGGCGGACGGCUCUGCUCCCACUGCCCGCUGCCCUGGCGCUGAGGAUCCUGCUGUUGCUCCUGGGCGCCGCUUCCCCGCCGCCGCCUGGGGCUCACGGCCGGCGCCUGAUCUGCUGGCAGGCGAUGCUGCAGUGCCAAGAGGAGCCCGAGUGCGGCUACGCUUACAGCCAGUACGCCGAGGCGUGCGCGCCGGUGCUCAUGGCCGCGGGGGAUGGCUCUGUGGCCGCCGCGGCUGCUGCUGCGUCGUCCUCGUCCUCCAAUAGGCGGCGGUGCCCGAGCCACUGCAUCUCGGCCCUCAUCCAGCUCAACCACACCAGGCGGGGGCCGGCGCUGGAGGACUGCGAUUGCGACCUGGAUGAGAACUGCCGGGCCACCAAGCGUGCCAUCGAGCCCUGCUUGCCCCGGACCAGCGGCGGCGGCGGUGGUGGUGGUGGUGGCGGCGGCGCAGGAGGAGGUGGCGGCGCCGGGACGGGAGGCGUGAUCGGCUGCACGGAGGCGCGGCGGCGCUGCGACUGGGACAGCCGGUGCAGCGUGGCGCUGAACCGCUACAUGGCCUACUGCGGGAAGCUCUUCAACGGCCUGCGCUGCACCGAGGAGUGCCGCGCCGUCAUCGAGGACAUGCUGGCCGUGCCCAAAGCGCUGCUGCUCAACGACUGCGUGUGCGACGGCCUGGAGCGGCCCAUCUGCGAGUCGGUCAAGGAGAACAUGGCCCGCCUUUGCUUCGGGCCGGACGCCGUCGGGCCCGGCAGCAGCGGCGCCUCGGACGGAGCCCUGGACGAUUAUUACGACGAGUACGAAGACGACCCCGUGCGGUCGAGAGAUGAGCUGGACGAGACGGCGCCCGUGUCGGCGUUCCCCAGGAAGCCCGGCGACGGCUGCCCAGCCCGCGCGGCUCCUUGGACGCUCCUCUCGGCCGCCUCCAUUUUGCUGCUGGUGCUGCUGCUUUCGUAGCCAUUUCCCUCCAAGGCGCUCUGAAGGGGGGCUUGGAAUGUGGGGACGGGUUGAGGGGAGGGCGCCUGGGCUGACCGCAUGGCCUUGGAGCCGACAGAAAGGUUUGCCUCCGUUUUCUGACUUUGGGGAGGGGGGGUAUAGAAUGUAUGUUGGGCACAGAAAAAUUAAAAAGGCCCCUCACCGGAGAGUCGCCCCUACCGGCGUUGGAGAGAUGAGGGACUCCACUUUUUCCACGCGAGGUUUCACGUAAAAAAGGGGGGGCAUUUCCCCCACCCCAACCCUUUAUAAAGCAACGUGCCUUACUCCGGAGUGCAUUUGGGCAAACCCCUCAGCAUCCCAGAACGCCUUUGAAUUUUGUUUGGGUUUCCUUUGUUUCCAUCACUGGACACUUCUGCUUUGCCCAGCUGUUUUUAUAAUAGGGAUUAGCUGAGACCGGACCCUUAUGUGGAUUCGAUCAGAUAGUGAUGUUUGCUCUGCUCUGUGGAUACACCUCGCUGCUUUCUGUCUGUGUAUUUAUCUCCUCACUAUAUCUGACUGGGAAUUUUCUCUGUUCCCAGUUUAAAAAUCAUGUUUGAAAGGGAUGGUGCCAUUGUAUUAAAUUCCUUUUUUUUAAAAUGUAGCCACUGUUCUAAAUAAAAUUCCUGAACUGUGGAGUUGGUGAUUGGGCACUUUGAUCCUAAACACCUUUAUUUGGAGUAAUAACCCUUUAGGUAUCCAAACAAGUGUGCUUGGGAUUGCAGUCUUAGGUAUGCUUCAGAGUAUUU